AUGGCUUCCUCGUCCUUGUCAACUCUUGUUAGGAGCAACUAUGAUGUCUUCCUCAGUUUCAGAGGGAAAGACACUCGGCGCACCGUAGUCAGCUUUUUGUAUAAAGAUCUUAUACGCCAGGGAAUUCUUACUUAUAAAGACGAUCAGGGGAUCGGGGCAGGAUCCGAAAUUAAGGAAAGGCUCAUCGAAGCCAUAAAAACUUCACAGGUCGCUGUUGUCUUCAUCUCGGAGAACUAUGCUACCUCGCAAUGGUGCUUGGAGGAGCUCCGAUUGAUAAUGGAGCUUCAUAGCGUGAAUCGGAUUCAUGUGGUUCCCAUCUUCUACAGAGUCGAUCCUUCUGACGUGAGACACCAGAAAGGAAGAUUCGCGGCUGCCUUUCAAAAGCACGAAGAUAGGGAGCCGAAUAGGGCUUCCCAAUGGAGAAGAGCUCUCAACCAAAUUAGUCAUAUAUCAGGCAUUCAUUCCACGGAAUGGGAUGAUGACUCAGCGAUGAUAGACGAAGUAGUUGUAAGCAUCUCAAGGCACCUGCUGCUAAGGAUGGAGUCAACUGUUUUGAACAGUUUAGUUGGGAUGGAAGCACACAUGGUUAAAAUGAAUCUCAUUUUCAAUAUGGGAUCUGAAAACCAGGUUCUCUUUAUAGGAAUAUGGGGUAUGGGAGGCAUAGGCAAAACCACCAUUGCCAAUUGUCUAUAUGACCGAUUUUCAAGUCAAUUCUCAGCUCGUUAUUUCAUUGAAGACAUUAAGAAUAUUUGUAAGGACAAGAGUCCUGCGUACUUACAGGAAAGAUUCCUCUCCAGAAUUUGUGGUGGUUUAGAUAUUGGUUUUCGAAGCCAUGAAGCAAGAUCGCAGGAGAUAAUCGCAAGACUCGGGCACCAAAAAAUACUUAUUGUGCUUGAUGGUGUGGAUAAAGCAGAGCAGGUAGAUGCACUGGCAAAAGACACGAGCUGGUUUGGUCCAGGGAGCCGAAUCAUCAUAACCACACGAGACAGGGGCCUGCUCAAUUCCUGUGGAGUAAACAAUGUAUAUGAGGUUAAGUGCUUGGAUGAUAAGGAUGCCCUCCAGGUAUUUAAAAUUUCAGCUUUGAGAGGAAGCCCGCCACCUUCAGAUGGAUUUGAGCAACUCUUCAUCAGAGCUUCUCGGCUGGCACACGGUCUUCCCUCUGCCCUUGUGACUUAUGCCACAUAUCUCAGACAAAACACAACCAUAAAGAAGUGGGAAGAGGAAUUAGGUUUACUUGAAACAAGUCCUCACAAGAAUGUCAAGGAGAUUCUGAGAAAUAGCUACGACGACUUAGAUGAGCAAGACAAGACAGCUUUCCUUUAUGUUGCAUGUCUCCUUAACGGCUACCCUUUCAACCAUGUCACUUCCCUUCUUGAUGACGGCCGUCCUAGGAUGAAUCAUUUAACUGCAAAGGCUCUUAUCAGCAUAUCGAUGGAUGGAUGUAUAAACAUGCAUUUCUUGGUCGUACAAACAGGAAAGGCAAUUGUGCGCCAAGAAUCCAGGAAUAGGCCUUCCAGGCAAAGGUUUCUAUGGGAUCAUAAAGAGAUCUAUGAUGUCCUAGAUAACAACAUAGGUACAGACGAAAUUGAAGGUGUGACACUGCACAUGUGUGAGAUGCCUGAUAAGUUACCUAUGAGUAUUACAGUAUUCAACAUUAUGCAUAGCAUCAAAUUUCUCAAGUUCUUCAAGCACUUGGGUGAUGCAGAGUCCAACGUGCAGCUCAGCGAAGAUGGUUUCUAUUUUCCCCGUAAUAUUAGGCUACUACAUUGGGAUGACUAUCCAAUGAAAACCUUGCCAUCCACACGUUCCGACACCACCACCUUGUCGAACUCAAUCUCCAACGGAGCAACCUCGAGAGCCUCUGGGAUAGCACGGUGAACCUUAGGAAAUUACGAAGACUGGAUUUGACAGGCUCGAAGAAUCUGAGAGAGCUUCCAGAUCUUUCAACAGCCGUGAAC